AUGAAUUUGUAAUAAUUAAUGGAAAUUGAAAGUAAAUUUGAGCAACUCUCUAUUAUUCCAAUUUUUGAUGAAAUCCUUAAGUACACAUUAAAAUUAAUAAGUGGUGGAAUAUAAACUGGUAUAUUGACAGAAUUAUAUGGUGAAGCAGGCUGUGGUAAAACACAUGUUUGCAUGACAUUGAUGAUUAAUACUAUAAUAAAUUAUAAAACUUCGAGAGUGAUUUACAUUAGUACAGCUAAAUAAUUACAACAAGAUCGUUUUAAUCAGCUAUUAUGUAAAAUUAGUUAUGUUAUUUGGAAUUAGAAUAUCGUGUAGGUAAGAAAUCUAAAGAUAAGUUUACUAAUUUAUUUAACAAAUGUAUUAUACAACAUUUAAACAAUACUAAAUUUAUGGAUGAAUAUAUAUAUGAGCAAUUGCCAACUUUAUUGGAAUAAUAUUAAUUCAAAUUAAUUAUUAUUGACAAUAUAACAACUUAUUUGUAGGAAUUGUAAUUGACCUUAAAUUAGAUGUAAAAAACAUCAAUACUAAAGAAAUUCUCAAAUCAUUUGAGAAGACUAGCUAAAAAACACAAUAUUGCUGUUUUAUUUGUGAAUAAUGUUGUGGCUUCAACUUAGAAUAAUAAAUUAUAUCCAGCCUUAGGGAUAAAAUGGUCUGAGAUGAUUGAUGAAAGAAUAUAAGUAGAAAAAAAAGGAAUGAUUCGGUAUUUUAGAAUUGAUAUUUCUCAUCGUGUAGCUUUAGAUGAUGCUACAUUUACCAUAUAAGAAAGUGGAAUAUAUCCUUAAGUUGAUUGA